UAAAUACAUCACUACUCGUUGAGUGAAUGAAAUCAUCUAAAAUUCCUUUCCUCCAUUUCUUUUCUGAUCUCUUGAUCUCUCCUCAGCUCCAAUAUUUUAGACAAUGGGUUUAUCUUUUCCUCUCAUCAUCUUGAUCGUGCGCUUUCUUGUUUCAUUGAUGAUGUUUUAUCUUAUACUUUCUACCUCUUCUUCUGGUGUGCAACCACUGUGCCAUGAUGAUGAGAGAUUUGCCUUGUUGCAAUUCAAGGAAAGCUUCAUCAUCAAUCAGUUCGCGUCCGGAGAUCCCUCUGCUUAUCCGAAGGUUUCAUCGUGGAAACCUGAAAGCAGGGAUUGCUGCAAUUGGGACGGUGUAGAGUGCAAUAAGGACACUGGUCAUGUCAUCGGCCUCAAUCUCAGUAGCAGCUGUCUUAAAGGUUUUCUCAACUCCAAUAGCAGCCUUUUUCGCCUUGCUCACCUCCAAAACCUCAAACUGGACGACAAUGACUUUAACUCUUCUCCACUCCCAACUAGUUUUAGGCAGCUUUCAAGGCUAACAAAUCUCAACCUCUCUGCCUCUGCAUUUUCUGGUCAAAUCCCUUCAGAAAUUUUAGAGCUCUCCAAGUUAGUUUUCCUGGAUCUGUCAGAUAAUCCGUUGUUGAAGCUCCAAAAAUCUGGCCUAAGAGUUAUAGCUCAAAACUUCACAAACUUGGAAGUACUACAUCUUGACUAUGUUGUUAUACCAUCCAACGUACCCAAUAUCUUGGCAAACUUAACUUCUUUAACAUCUCUAUCUUUAAUAUGGUGUGACCUACUUGGUGAGUUUCCCGUGGGAAUUUUCCAUCUACCUAAUCUUCAGCUUCUUCGUAUAGGGGGAAACGAAUACCUCACGGGAUAUGUCCCAGAACUUAACAGAACUAGCCCCCUUGUUACAUUGAGACUUGGAUCCACGAACUUCUAUGGUGAGCUACCAGACUCAAUUGGUCACCUCAAGUCCUUGGUUAUGUUGACUGCGUGGUUUUGCAAUUUCUCAGGAGAAAUACCACCUUCACUAGGUAACCUUACCAAUCUAAUUGAGUUACAACUUCAAUUUAAUAGUUUGCAUGGUUCAAUUCCACAGUCAAUAUCUAGGCUUGUAAAUCUUGAAGUUCUGUGUCUCCAUUCUAACUAUUUGAGUGGCAGGGUGGAGAUUGAGUUGUUUUUGAGACUCAAAUACCUCUCCGUUCUUGCGCUAUCUAAUAACAAUAUUUCAUUGCUUACAAAGCCUAGUACCAACUCAACUGUUCCAAAAUUUUGGGGUUUAGCUCUUGGUUAUUGUGACUUGGAUGAGUUCCCAGAGUUUCUCAGGAGCCAAGAUCGAUUGGAGCAUUUGGAUCUUAGUGAAAACAAAAUUAAUGGCCCAGUUCCAAACUGGAUGGGGAAUAUAAGUAUAGAGACUCUCGGGUAUUUAAAUUUGGAAUUAAACUCUCUCACUGGUUUCGACCAACUUCCGGCUAAUCUUGAGGUUUUAAGACUUGGUUUUAACAUGCUUCAAGGGUCACUACCAAUCCCACCAUCUUCCAUUGUUUCCUAUUCUGUCUCAAACAACAGACUGAUCGGAGAAAUUCCACAUUGGAUUUGCAAUCGAAGUUUAAUAACUAAGCUCGAUUUGUCAAGCAACAACUUGGGUGGCAUUCUUCCUCAAUGUUUAGGCAACUUGAGUGAUUCUCUCACAAUUGUGGAUCUACACGACAAUAGCUUUCAUGGAACCAUUCCUCGAAUCUGCGGUGAAGCAAACAAAUUGAUGAUGAUUGAUUUAAGCCAAAAUCAUUUACAGGGGCGUGUACCGAGAUCAUUGGCCAAUUGUAUCAAGCUUAAAGCUAUUAAUCUAGGUAGCAAUCAGAUCCAUGAUAUUUUUCCUUCCUGGUUGGGCAUUCUUCCAGAGUUGAGGAUUCUCAUUUUGAGAUCUAAUGAACUCUAUGGUACAAUAGGAAGUUCUGAUAGCAAUUUCGACUUCCCGAAAUUGCACAUCAUUGACCUCUCAAAUAAUGAUUUUACUGGCACGUUGCCCUCUGAACACUUCCAAAAUUGGAAAGCCAUGCAAAUUGUCGAUGACGAGCAAUUACAGUACAUGGAGGAAGAAAAAAUUGUUCCAAGUUUUGCUCGUGUUAUAGAUAUCUACUCUUUGUCAAUGACAAUGAUCAACAAAGGUACGGAGAUGGUGUAUGGAAAAGUCUCAAAUUUGUUCAUAGCAAUCGAUCUGUCGAGAAAUAGAUUUGAAGGAGAAAUUCCAGGAGUGGUGGGGCAUCUAAAAGGACUUAAUUUGCUCAACCUUUCCCACAACUUUCUCACAGGUCCUAUUCCAUUUGUAUUGGCAAACUUGACAGGGCUAGAGUCAUUGGAUCUAUCUCAAAAUAAGCUGUCUGGUGUGAUCCCUCCGCAAUUAAUAGAACUUACUUUCCUUUCACACUUUAAUGUCUCCCAUAAUCGUUUGACAGGACCUAUACCACAAGGGAAACAAUUCGACACAUUCGAAAACAGUUCGUUUAGUGAGAACCUUGAAUUAUGCGGAAGUCCUUUGUCAAAGAAAUGUGGGAACCCUGAGGACUCACUGCCUCCAUCUUCAAGCCACAACUCAACAAACCACAACUCAAAGUUCUCAUUUGAAUUUGGUUGGAAAGUAGUCGCAUUGGGAUACGGAUGUGGAUUCGUGUUUGGAGCUGUGUCUGGGCAAAUCAUGAUCACAAAGAAGUAUGGUUGGUUUAUGAAGACGUUUGCAAUUGGGCAACGGGGAAGAAGGGAUAAUUGGAGGGGCCGCAGAAAUUAAGUAUAAUCCUACAUGCAUGUUUCCAUAAUAAAUAAAUAAUUACAUGCACAAUGUCUGUAGUACGUAGUACUAUUAUUGUGGCUUUACUUUUCUUUUUCUAUUUUUUUUCCUCUUUUAGAUGCUAUAGGAAAGGGCCAUGGAUAGGAUGUUUGUAUUAAAAAGAAUCUGUUGUAUUUGCACCCACGCUCUCAAUAAAACAAGUGUUGUGAAAGA